AUGGCACUAGCAGCCUUACUUAGUAUGCUCCGCGGUCAUCCUCGUCUGCAGCACCCCUUCUCCGUCACCAAUCACCGCAGCCGCAGGAGGCUCUUUUCCGUGAAAGCUUCUGAGAAUGGGAGUGUGGUAGGCGGAAAUGGUGACCACAGGAUAGUACUCACAGAGCUUCACAAGGAGGCAACGCAGUCUUACAUGUCCUACGCAAUGUCCGUGCUUUUGGGCCGGGCGUUGCCUGAUAUCAGAGAUGGGCUCAAGCCCGUCCACCGCCGGAUACUAUAUGCAAUGAAUGAGUUAGGCCUUUCGUCAAGGAAACCUUACAAGAAAUGUGCAAGAGUAGUUGGUGAGGUUCUUGGUAAGUUCCAUCCACAUGGGGACUCUGCCGUUUAUGAUUCAUUGGUUAGAAUGGCCCAGGAUUUCUCAUUGCGAUCUCCACUCAUUCGCGGGCAUGGAAAUUUUGGUUCUGUUGAUGCUGAUCCUCCUGCAGCAAUGCGCUACACAGAAUGCAGACUAGAGGCACUCGCAGAGGCAAUGUUGUUGGCAGAUUUGGAACAAGAUACAGUCGAUUUUAUUCCAAACUUUGACAACUCACAAAAAGAGCCAUCCUUACUUCCUGCUCGUGUUCCAAACUUAUUAUUGAACGGUGCCUCAGGGAUUGCGGUUGGAAUGGCAACAAAUAUCCCUCCACAUAACCUUGGGGAGUUGGUAGAUGCACUGUCUGUCUUGAUUCACAAUCCUGAAGCAACGCUGCAAGAAUUGCUCAAAUACAUUCCCGGACCUGACUUCCCUACUGGAGGAAUGAUAAUGGGUAACCUUGGUAUUUUAGAGACGUAUCAAACUGGACGAGGACGCGUGAUAAUUAGAGGGAAAACUGAUGUUGAGUUGCUGGAUCCCAAGAGCAAGCGUUCAGCAAUUAUCAUAACAGAGAUACCGUAUCAGACCAACAAAGCAUCCCUUGUUGAGAGAAUUGCUGAACUUGUUGAAAAUAAGGGUUUGGAAGGAAUAAGUGAUAUACGUGAUGAGAGUGAUCGAUCUGGAAUGCGCUUAGUCAUUGAGCUUAAGAGGGGAUCAGAUCCAUCCAUAGUGUUAAACAAUCUUUAUCGCUUAACUGCACUGCAGUCCACAUUUAGCUGCAACAUGGUGGGGAUCCUUAAUGGCCAACCGAAAUUAAUGGGACUAAAGGAAUUACUUCAGGCCUUUCUGGAUUUUAGAUCUUCCGCGGUUGAAAGGCGCACACGAUAUAAGUUAUAUCAAGCGCAAAAUCGUUAUCAUAUUGUUGAGGGCAUUAUAACAGGACUUGAUAACCUGGACAGAGUCAUUGAGGUAAUCCGGAAUGCUUCUAGCCAUGUGCUGGCUUUGACUGAUUUAAUGAAGGAGUUCAACUUGACCGAUAAGCAAGCAGAGGAAAUAUUGGACAUAAGCCUCAGACGGCUAACAUCUCUUGAGAAAAAAAAGUUCCUUGAUGAAGGAAAAUCUUUGUCUGAACAAAUAUCUAAGCUACAAGAGGUUCUUUCAAGUAAAAAGCUAAUACUUGAGAUGAUAGAAAUUGAAGCAAAAGAAAUAAAGAACAAAUUUUUUACACCAAGGCGUUCAAUGCUUGUGGACACUGAUUGUGGUCAACAUGAAGAUAUAGAUGUGAUCCCCAAUGAGGAAAUGCUACUGGCACUUAGUGAAAAAGGCUACCUAAAAAGAAUGAGGCCGGAUACUUUCAAUCCUCAGAAACGUGGGACUAUCGGGAAAUCAGUUGGGAAAUUGAGAGUAAAUGACACAAUGUCUGAUUUCAUUGUAUGUCGCACGCACGAUCAUGUCCUCUAUUUCAGUGAUGAGGGAACAGUAUACUCAGCUCGUGCAUAUAAGAUCCCAGAAUGCAGCAGGGUUGCUGCUGGCACACCUUUAGUCCAGAUGUUAUCUCUCUCUGAUGGCAAGAGAAUAACAUCAUUUGUUCCAGUUAGUGAGUUUGAAGGGGACCAGCAUCUUAUGAUGCUAACUAUGAACGGAUAUAUCAAGAAGGUUUCGUUAAACUAUUUCUCAUCAAUAAGGUCGACCGGUAUCAUAGCAAUCCAACUGGUUCCUGGUGAUGAGUUAACAUGGGUGAGGCAGUGCACAAAUGAUGAUUUUGUGGUGAUGGCCUCACAAAAUGGCAUGGUGAUUUUGUGUUCUUGCGAAAAUAUUAGAGCGCUUGGAAGGACUACUAGAGGCGGAAUAGCCAUGAGGCUUAAGCCAGGGGAUAAAAUGGCGAGCAUGGACAUAGUGCCUGCUGCAUUGGGCAAAAUGUUGGACAGAGGCUCAGAGACACCGGAGAACCUUGGCAGGGGUCUUGCGGGUCCUUGGCUGCUCUUCAUAUCUGAGAAUGGCUAUGGAAAGCGAGUUCCUCUUGCUAGCUUUCGAACGUCACCGCUCAAAAGAGUUGGUUUGAAAGGUUACAAGGUUGUGGCGGAGGAUCGUUUGGCUGCUGUAUUCGUAGUGGGUUUCUCCGUAGGAGAGGAUGGAGAAAGUGAUGAAGAAGUAGUGCUGGUCAGCCAAAGUGGAACCGUGAACAGGAUCAAAGUUCGGGAUAUCUCCAUACGGUCCCGAUUUGCAGGGGGUGUGAUUCUGAUGCGCCUGGAGCAUGCCGGAAAAAUUCAGUCAGCUUCCUUAAUAUCAGUAACUGAGACCGUUAAUGAGGAGGAAUUUCUGGCGGCCUCAGUAUGA